UCCGUGGUUAAACUUACCCUAGUAUGAUAGGGGGCGCGGUAAAUGCGAACGAUGACUUUUACGCAGUAAAUGAUUCUUAUCAUUUCUGUGCUACGUAUUAUGUAAAACCGAACUGGAAUUGAAUUUUUUGUAGCAUUAAAUAAUGCACUAAAAGAGGGAGUUCGUCUGUCGGUUGGUGAUUCUGAUUCUUGGACUAAAACUCAUAACUCCAUAGUUCUGUUAGAGUACAGGCUGUCGGAAUUAGACAUUUUUCGACUUCAAGUUGCUUCACUUUCAAUGCGAAUACAUACCGACCUCGCUAGAGAGUCGCUGUGACACAACAAAUAUGGCGUAUCGUGGUGUGAAAGGUUCCGAUCCAUUUGUUUCGAAAACAUCUCGAAAUGAACGUUUCGCGCAAAUGUCGAAGCAAGAACAAAUUAUUCAGCAAAAGAAGCUCGAGAUACAAGCGAAAAUGCAAGAACAGAAAGCAAAAGAAGCCGUGGAAAAUUUGAAAAAGAGCAAUGCACUGAUUCCGAAUUCGAGAACGAAUAAAGCUAAUACCGUCAAAAAACACGAAGAGAAACCAACCGUGUCGCAAACAAUUAAUCUAUUCGCCAAUGAUGGUAGCUUUUUAGAUCAAUUUAAAAGAAUUGCAAGUAACAAAGGAACAGCGAAAACAGAAUCAAUGUUUUCUUUGAAAUCCGAAGAGAAGAGAGAGGAGAAGUACACGGACGGUACGCAUCAUAAGGAAAGGAAGAAGAGCAAUGAUAUAAACAGGGAUUGGGAGAAUAGAAGAGAGCGUAGAAGGAUCGAUUCCAGAUGGGAAAAAAGCUCCGAUAAGAGGCACAGUUCAUCCUCAAGCCCGUCUCCUACCAGACACACGUCGUCGCAAAGCCCAGAAGCUCGACGUAACUUUAACCAAUUAGCUUCCGCUGCGCAACGUUUGCAGCACAAUCAGCAACAGUAUUUCCCUAGAAAUGGGAAUUCGUCUCUUGUGCCUCCUCACGCGUCUCAAUCUGUGAUGCAUCUGACGAGUGUACCGCCGCCAAACAUACGAAACAUCAUAACCAACAUUCCUCCUCCAAACUUGCUGAGAAUGCCACCUCCCAAGAAUCUGGUGAACAGUUAUCCCGGAAUAGACGAUCGAUCCGGAGAUCCUAGAAUGCAAAUGUCACCGUCACAUACGAUACACGGAUCUCCAGCUACCUCUGUACAGGCUAUUACCGCCAAUACCAAUGUGCCUCCGCCGAAUAUUCACAUUUCUCGGACAAUGCCCCCGAAUUUACAGAAUCUACCACCUCCUACACUUUCCGCAUCUUCACCGCUCUUACCAUCGUCGUCUUCGUCUUCGUCGUCGUCGUCGUCGUCGUCGUCGUCUUCGUCGUCGUCGUCGUCGUCGUCGUCGUCGUCGUCGUCGUCGUCGUCGUCGUCCUCUUCUUCACCACCACCGCCGCCACCACCACCGCCACUGUCGACCGCGGCACCAACAGCAACGCAAACAUCAACGCCAACACCCACAGCAAUGCCAACACCACUACCUUCAUCGUCAUCUUCUUCGUCAGCGGCAACCUCGUCGCCCUCGAUAUCGUCGAGCUCAGUGGCAUCCGGGACGCAGCAACAUAUACUUUCGUGCGGACGACAGUGCGGGGUACUGCCUCCCGCAACCCUGCAGCCUACGAAUCUACCACCCCCGAAUAUUCCUCCUCCGAAUUUGCUAUCAACGCUGACGCAAAUGCCGCCAAAUAUGAUGUCUAUGCCACCUUCGCAGACAAUCGUGGUCACCGUACCAAACGCGUCCAAUGUACCCAACGUUCCCCCGCCGAACGUGAUACCGCCCGUGAUGAUGUCAGCACCUCCACCUCCGGUUCGUAACGUUUCGUCGAACAUAAAUUCGGUUCCACCGCCGAAUUUGAAUAUUCCACCCCCGAACGUGCCACCGCCUCCGAUAAUACAAAAUGCCGGCCCACCUCCUUCUUUGAUGUCGACAAGUUAUCCUCUUCCUAAUCAAGUCACUCAGGUACCUAUGGGACCACCUAACAUUCAAGUGCCACCACCGGCGAGGCCGUUGUCCGGUCUACAAGCUACAGACCAGCUAGUGUGUCCCGUAGAGGCUGAGCAGCUGGCACGCAUCGUCGCCGAUUGCGGGGAUGAAAUCGAGCAGGAGGCGCGAGAGAAGAAUGCACAAGAUCCUAAGUUAUGGUUUCUGCACCAAAAGCAAAGUGCAGCGUACCUGCAGUACAGGGGGUUAGUGGCCAAGUUCCGAGCUGAAAAAUCGACCAAGGAACCGAAGGAUACCGGUGCAGAACCUUAUUGUCCGGAAGAAGCUCUCAGCGAUAACGAUGACGGUGAUCAGAACCAUAUUCACAAACAUGUGUCUUUGAUGCAAGAUCGUACGAAAGACGAAAGCAAGGAAGAACGUAAACGAAAAAGACGCAGUCGUUGGGGUGAUCCGGAUAAUAAAGUAUCCAUAGCGGAACUUAAUACAUUGUCUACGAAGAAACAAAACAGUGCGAGUCUUUCACAGCCGGGUAUUGCGAUUCCUGGACAAAUUGGCCAACCAGCUGUAAUAAUUCCAUCAUCGAAGAUGCAACACGCGAAAACGAAAAAUCCCAUGUUGACCAAAAUUUCUAGGAACGAUCCGGCAUUGAUACAAUACGCUCGACAAACGUUUGGCACGUUAGACCUCACCGAAGAACAGUGGAAAAAAGCGGAAGAUCAUUACAAAAUAAAUCUACUGUAUCAAAAUCUGUUGAGAAAACGAGAGGAAUUGAAGCGCUUAGAGGCACAGGGCAAGCAUAAAUACGAAUACGAUAGCGACGAAGAAACCGAAGGCGGCACCUGGGAACACAAGCUUAGGUCCGCCGAGAUGGAGGCUACUCAAUUGUGGGCAGAAGAACUGACAGCUCAAGCGGAGGGAAAGCAUCAUAUCGGUGAUUUUCUACCGCCGGACGAGCUGAAAAAAUUCAUGGAACAGUACAACGCGGUCAAGCAAGGAAAGGAACCCGAUCUGAGCGAUUAUAAGGAAUAUAAACUCAAAGAAGAUAACAUAGGAUUUCAGAUGUUGCAGAAACUAGGUUGGAGCGAAGGACAAGGUUUGGGUAGCGAGGGCAACGGACGUAUCGAACCUGUUAAUAAGGCGACUAAUAGGUUCGAUAGCGCCGGCUUAGGUUCUGAGAGACCAGACGGGGUAUCUAGAGACGACGACGAAUUCGACGCCUACAGAAAACGAAUGAUGCUGGCUUACAGAUUUAGGCCUAAUCCCUUGAAUAAUCCUCGGAGACCUUAUUACUGAGAAUGACUAUCUAUGGAUUGUGUCUAUGGCGUUAAACGCGUAUAAAUUUUCUAUUUAGUUAAACAAUAAAACUUUAUUAUUUUGUAUAUUUAAAUUUGCGGAAGCGUACAAAAUUAUACAUAAAUCAUGUCAUUUUCUCGAAGGUGGACAAUAUAAUUCA